AUGUCGCACUGCCACGACGGAUCGUGCGGACACGCCCACGACGACGAUGACCAUGUCAAGCCGGGCGAGGGCCAGCAAGACCUGCUCUACAGCUGCAUCAACCGCGACGGCGUCAUCGCGCUCAACGAAGAGACACCCGGUUCGGGCGUCAAGGUGCUCAAGCCCUACGACCAGCGAGCCUCGGAGGACGAGUACCUCGAGUCGUCGGCCGACGACCAGCUCAUCCUCUACAUCCCCUUUACGGGAUCCGUCAAGCUGCGCUCCAUGAUGCUCAAGACGGGACCGGCGGACCAGACGCCCUCCGAGAUCCACCUCUACGUCAACCGCGACGACCUCGACUUUGACGCCGCUAACGAACUCUCGGCCCUCCCCGACACGGCCACGGCGGCGGCGGGCGGACAGGGCCGGCCGGCGCAGAAGCUCACCUCGAUCCCCGUCACGCGGGACCCCGUCGAGAUCCCGCUCAAGCCCGCCAAGUUCCCCGACGUCAGGAGCAUCUCGCUCUUUGUCCCCUCGAGCGUCGGCGGCGAUACCUCGCGCAUCUACUUUGUCGGCUUCAAGGGCGAGCACCGGCAGAUGAGGAGGGAAGGCCCCACCAACAUCAUCUACGAGGCCGCCCCCAGCCUCAAGGACCACCAAAAAGUCAAGGGCACCGAGGCCGGCGCCAGCUCGUUUGGACAGGGUCAGUGA